AUGAAAAGGAGUUUCUUCAACGUGUGCGCGAAAGUCAGUGUGCACCUAAGCGGUAAUGCCAGGGCGAUCGACCAGACCAAUCGCGCGAGAAUAUUUGCAAACAUAAGGGCAAGGUGGUACAGCCCAUCAGGGGACACGAAAGAGCUACGUUCAUCCCACUUCAGCUGCAUGAGGAGCUCAAAGGAAGGAAACCUUAUUGUGCAUGAUCUUGAUUUUAUGAAAUGCAUUUUGCUAAAUGAUGAAAGGAAGUGGGGCAAAGAGUCCACCCCAGGGGAGGACAGAACAGAAUCCCCCCCCCAGGCAAAAAUAAUAACCAUCAUCCUGAACAACAGCAUUUGCGCCCAUUCGGCCAAAAUUAUUGCCAACUCGGAUAUAUUAAUAUGCGCCGAUGGGGGAGCCAACAGGCUGUACAACUGGUGUCAGUCGUUAGCCACGGAGAGAGGCGCAAGUGAUAAGAAAAGUUCAUUCAAACGGGAGGACGACAAAAACACAGCGUUGUAUGCAAGACACUCAAAUGAGCGUACGCAGCACGUGCAUGGACGACGCACCAUCGCUGAUUUAUUCAACAUGCAAGUGGAAAAGACGGAAAAGGCGCUGAAAUGCCCUACCGAAAUAGUGCCCCACAUAAUUUGCGGCGACUUUGAUAGCAUAAACGCACACGUGUACAGCUACUACAAAAACAAGUCAGUCAUAUUCGAGAAGUGCGAAAACCAGGAAAAUACAGACCUUGAUAAAUGCAUCGACGUGAUACGAGGACACAUCCGCAAGAAUGAUAAAAUAUUAAUUUUAGGCGCCACUGGAAAUCGGUUUGAUCACACGUGUGCAAAUAUUUCAUGCCUAUACAAAAAUGCUUCCCUAAAUAGUCUGUAUUUAAUUGGGGAGAAUAACUUCCUCUUUCUGCUCCAGAGAGGAAGUCACAUUAUACACGUAAGUCCGGACGUCUUUUGCAAAGGCUGUGGCAUUUUACCCAUUGGCGGCAAGUGUAUAAUUAAGACGGAAGGGCUGAAGUACAAUUUGAAUAAUGAAUGCCUCAGCUUCGAUACGCUCAUCAGUUCGUCAAAUGAAGUUGUUCAGAGGGAGUUAAAAAUUUUUACCGAUUCUCCCGUGGUUUGGAGUGCCCAGUUGAAAGGAGUGGGUAGGGAGUGA